AUGCCCGUGCCUGUUGCUGCCCGUGCCUGUGCUGCCCGUGCCUGUUGCUGCCCGUGCCUAUGCUGCCCGUGCCUGUGCUGCCCGUGCCUGUUGCUGCCCGUGCCUGUGCUGCCCGUGCCUGUUGCUGCCCGUGCCUGUGCUGCCCGUGCCUGUUGCUGCCCGUGCCUGUGCUGCCCGUGCCUGUUGCUGCCCGUGCCUGUUGCUGCCCGUGCCUGUGCUGCCCGUGCCUGUGCUGCCCGUGCCUGUUGCUGCCCGUGCCUGUGCUGCCCGUGCCUGGUGGUGCCCGUGCCUGUGCUGCCCGUGCCUGUGCUGCCCGUGCCUGUGCUGCCCGUGCCUGUGCUGCCCGUGCCUGUUGCUGCCCGUGCCUGUGCUGCCCGUGCCUGUUGCUGCCCGUGCCUGUGCUGCCCGUGCCUGUUGCUGCCCGUGCCUGUGCUGCCCGUGCCUGUGCUGCCCGUGCCUGUUGCUGCCCGUGCGUGUGCUGCCCGUGCCUGUUGCUGCCCGUGCCUGUUGCUGCCCGUGCUAGUGCUGCCUGUGCCUGUUGCUGCCCGUGCCUGUGCUGCCCGUGCCUGUGCUGCCCGUGCCUGUUGCUGCCCGUGCCUGUGCUGCCCGUGCCUGUUGCUGCCCGUGCCUGUGCUGCUCGUGCCUGUUGCUGCCCGUGCCUGUGCUGCCCGUGCCUGUUGCUGCCCGUGCCUGUGCUGCCCGUGCCUGUGCUGCCCGUGCCUGUUGCUGCCCGUGCCUGUGCUGCACGUGCCUGUGCUGCCCGUGCCUGUUGCUGCCCGUGCCUGUGCUGCCCGUGCCUGUUGCUGCCCGUGCCUGUGCUGCCCGUGCCUGUUGCUGCCCGUGCCUGUGCUGCCCGUGCCUGUGCUGCCCGUGCCUGUGCUGCCCGUGCCUGUGCUGCCCGUGCCUGUGCUGCCCGUGCCUGUGCUGCCCGUGCCUGUGCUGCCCGUGCCUGUUGCUGCCCGUGCCUGUGCUGCCCGUGCCUGUGCUGCCCGUGCCUGUUGCUGCCCGUGCCUAGUGCGCUCUGCUACUGUCUGCGCCCCCGUUUCCGGCUGUCGCUGA